AAGAUGCUGGAUAACAGAGCGGAGCGCACUUUACGCACCGCAGUUCCCUUCGCAGGCGUCGCCAUCGUGGGCGCGGAUUUACAAUUGAUCCAAAAGUAGCGCCUUGGACACGACAGACACCACGAACACAAAGUAACCCACAGGAAAAGAGUCGAGUCGCGUGGGAUGAAUAAUGACAGCUUUGUGAGGAGAGGAUCUGGUGCGCUCCACUGAAUUUGGUGAGAAGAAGAGACUCGCAGUGCGUUAAGGUAACAGGUGGCACAGUGCGAUGUGUUUGUUCGUGUCAGUUUUAUAGGAAGGAGUCAGCAGCCACAUGCUCUCAUCAUCACUGGAGGAAUGUGCGCAUUGAGCGCAGCAGGUCGCGCGUUUCUGAGGAAAACCAGCAUGGAGAUAGACUUGAGAAGGAAGCUGCCAUCCAUAAACUUUGCAGGUGAGCGAUGUGAGCGACUCUAAAGUGCCACAGCGGCUCCAGGGUGAGGACAAGCUCCGAUGAAUGGACCGCAGAAUGUUUUCUGGUCAGGCUGGUCUGAAUUACAGCUUCAACCUGAGCGAUGACCAGGAGCUGGUGGACCCGACGGCGGCCAGGGGGAACCUCUCCCCGACUGGCUUCGUGGUGCUCUCCGUCGUGCUGGGCUUCAUCAUGACUUUUGGCUUCCUCAACAACUUCGUCGUGCUGCUCCUGUUCUGCAAAUUCAAGAAGCUGCGGACACCGGUCAACAUGCUGCUGCUCAACAUCAGUAUCAGUGACAUGCUGGUGUGCGUAUUCGGCACCACCCUCAGCUUCGCCUCCAGUAUUCGUGGAAAGUGGCUGCUGGGGCGCAGCGGCUGCAGCUGGUACGGCUUCAUCAACUCCUGCUUUGGUAUCGUGUCGCUGAUCUCUCUGGUGAUACUCUCUUACGACCGCUAUAGCACUCUGACAGUUUACAACAAGCGUGGGCCGAACUACCGCAAACCCCUGCUGGCUGUCGGGGGCUCUUGGCUUUACUCCUUGUUCUGGACAGUGCCCCCUCUACUGGGCUGGAGCAGCUAUGGCAUUGAGGGGGCAGGGACGAGCUGCUCUGUAUCCUGGACAUCUCAGACGGUCCAGUCACACGCCUACAUCAUCUGUCUGUUCACCUUCUGCUUGGGUCUACCUGUCCUGGUGAUGAUCUACUGCUAUUGUAGGCUGCUCUGGGCAGUCAAACAGGUGGGUAAGGUCCGUAAGACAGCGGCCCGGAGGCGGGAGUACCACAUACUGUUUAUGGUUCUGACCACGGCCGCCUGCUACCUGCUGUGCUGGAUGCCUUAUGGUGUCGUGGCCAUGAUGGCGACGUUCGGCCCACCCAACAUCAUCAGUCCCGUGGCCAGCGUGGUGCCCUCGCUCCUGGCCAAGAGCAGCACGGUCAUCAACCCUCUCAUUUAUAUACUUAUGAAUAAACAGUUCUACAGAUGUUUCCUGAUUCUAUUUCACUGUAAACACUGGUCAGCGGACAGCGGCAACAUCUCCGCUCCCUCCAAGACCACGGUGAUCCAGCUGAACCGCAGGGUCUACAGCAACACGGUGGCCUGCACGGUGCAGAUCUCCACCGACGCCAUCAACCAGGGCUGCAGCACGACGGCUACCAAGCAGACCACACCCCCCGGGGUUAAGACCUGAGCCCGGAUAUCCUCAAUACAACACGACAACAAACACUGUCACCAUGAAGCACGAAAAACUGCACUUACAGCGUGAAACAAAGUGAGAUGUGGAUGCAUUUAGACAGUCAAUGUACUUUGUGUGAGCUUGUGUUGUACAGUACAGAAUCUUUUUCCCGUGUCCACUCAGUUUGAGUUUUUAUACACGAGGUUUUUUCAUCAUUUUUAUGAAAUUGCCUGUACAUUUUCUUUAGUAUCUGCUAAGCACAUUUACUGUAUAAAAUAGAAACAGGGGAAAAAAAAUGUGUUUCUACAAAUAUGUCAAAGGUUUUAUGGUUCAUAAAAUUCUUGUUUUUUAAAUGAUUAAUGAUUAAAAGAUUAAUCCUGUUGCACCACAUUAGAUGGAAGGUUUCAAAUAAUCUGUUUUUAUUUCUUUCAAACCAGAACGUUUUUAUCAUUUCUAUGAUUUCAAAUAUAUAUUUUACGGUAGCUAAAUUAUUUUCUUUAAAUCCAGGAUGCGUUUUGUUUUCAAUUCAUUCUUUCCACAGAGCAAAAACCCUAUGUUUAAUCUCUGUUGCUGUUCAGUCAAUUCGUCAAUGUGCUGCUGUAAAUGCCAAGGCUAGUCAAUCAUAGAUUUGUGCUGCAAUCAGUGUUUAAGUGGAUUGAUGUAUUUGUCUUGUAACGUCUGUCUUUUCUGCCUCUUCCUCGAACCUCUGUACCGCUCUGACUGUAAAUACCCAGAAGCUAUCCCAUAAAGAACUGCGGUUGUCUUUAAGUCUGUGUAUAUUACUGUGAAGGUAAUCAUUCUGCAUGUAGCCAGUAAUUUGUUUUAUUUCUAUUUGUGUGUUUGUUACCAGUCUUUUGAUAAGGUUACUUUGUGUUGCAUGAUUUUUUUUCUUGUACAUUCAUUUUUAGGGUAUAUCAGAUUUCGUGGCGAGAGAAAGACAUUUACUUUAAAGAGCUCUACCCUCUGUAGCAGGGACUGGUCACAUCUUCAGUGUCACUGGGGAGAGGAAGAACUGUGGCCGACAGACUGGAGGCCAUGGGCGGGCUUCCAUUGUGGAGCUUUAGUUCAGUGAGACGACUCUGACCACGAUGACCAUGACAGCUUAAGGGAAGGGUCUUACAUGAAAGGGGGCGGUGCCAAUUGGCUCCGUUAUCAUCAGCUUAUCACAGGAGGAGAGAGAUCAGUUGGGUGAAAAUGUGAUGAGUCACUACAGGCGUUGACACCUAUGGGUGUCAAUAGCUAGAGCCCCAGAUGGUUUAUAGUCUUGUCAUCUGUCAUUCCUGUCAUUCAUUACAGCUCUUGUUAUUGAUCAAAAACUAUUUUUGGAUCCUGUGUGUGUCAAGCUGCGGAGACUCUUGACGGAUUAGUCGUUGCACACACGCCCAACUGUGACGACGACUCGAUGCCUUUCAUGACGCACUACUCGUGCGUGAGAUGCAGCCGCAAAAAAGGGCAAAGAAGAGGAGGAAACGCAAACAGAGCGGUUUGGGCACCGGCUUGUUUCCUCCAGGGGGCACCGCUUCAGACUUGUGCACCCUUUUUUUGUCCUCCUUGACAAGGUGGUCACAGAUGUUUUUCCAUAGUUUCCUGCAGGUUUUCCAUGUCUUGUCUUUUCCUAUAGUCUCUGCAACUCUCUCCAGGAACCAUCUGAGAAUCUCUAUGCUCCCCCAAUAAUGACAGGUCAUAGAGAUGUCUGUAGAGAUGGACCUUUUCAAAUGACACGCCACUAAACGAGAGCUGCAUGCCAGUGUUUCUGGCAUGUGUCGCCCCGCCCAAGGACAGGAGCAGCGAACAGAAACUUGGCUUCAUUCAAGCAGAAGAUCCACUUCACAGUGCAAUGGCAUUGUGGGUGAGAGCAGAAGAGAAAUAAAGAGAGUGAGAAAGCACAUGGUUACUUGUCUUUGUUGGCAAUUGGUGGCAGCUAUCGAGCCAAUUCACUGAGGCAGUAUGAGGGAUACAAGAGGCCCAUUCAGGACGAAAAAGGAUGAAGGCUGUGAGGCAGAGUCGAGGAGGAGUUUGAGGAUGUUUGUAACAUGUGAAAGACGCAAAAAUGAAAAACAGAAAAUGGAUUUUCUCCGGAUUAAUAAGCAGCACAAUCUAUAUGCAGAGGACAAUGACGAAGUGAUCGAGAGAGUCUGUGUGAUCUCCGCAGUGGAAUGAAAAUGUUACAUCCUGCACCGCCCCCCACCUGAAUCCUCUGGAGGAUUUGUUGCUUUGAAUGCGUUUGAGCGGAGAAUCUCCCGCUGCGUUGUGCAUGCGUGGAAGUCCGGACCCUAUUCUCCUGAGGUCCUCCAGAGGACAUGUUACUAUACAAGUAUCCAUCAGUAAGACGGAUUCCAAGGUACAGCGGUGUGCAAUGGAGGAGUCAGACCAGCCACGUUAUUGGACACAAUAUAGAGAGCGGGAGAGAAAUGGGGAGAACUUGGAAGAGAAAUAAGAGCACAGCAGGAGAGGGGGGGUGAGGUUAGAUGAUGUUAUGGAAGAUGGAUGUCAUCAGAGCACAGAAGCCAACUGUCGGACCAGACAGAAUCUCCAGCAGUGAUGAAUAUUAAGGUUUACAUCUGUAGAAUUUGAUAUAAUUUGUUCAGGUCGAGGUAUAAAUAAAACGUUAAUGAUCAUCACGUCAUAUUUUAAUUAGAGAUUUUGUUCGAUUUUUAACGGCAGACUCUGAUUACUCUUGUUUUAUGACCAGGAUUGAUAAGAGCAAAGGAGAUGAGGAGAGCAACAGACAGAUGAAAGUGUAGAGCUGGAGAGGUGAAGAGGAGGAGAGUAUCAGACACGAUGGAGCAGUUUGUCAUAGUUCAUUGCGCGAUAUACGCAUCGCAAAAGUCAGCUUGAACUCCGAUAAAUGGUGCCAUGCAUUAAUGCUCUGCAUGUGAAUAUAUUUGGCCAAUCAGAUGGAGCCAUAUUGCCCUCGAUAAUAAAUUAAAGAUAUUCAGAUUAUUGACGGCCUUGUUGCCAUGUCACCCUAACAGAAGCAGUAAUUGACGACCUGUGCUUCCCCAUUCAUUUCCUGUGGAAAACAGGGUCUUGGCUCUUGUUCAUACACUGUAAAAAAUCGUUUAUUUGGUUUUACUAAAUUGUAUUAUGUCAAGUGGUUGCACAAAAUAAAUGUAUCCAAAUCAA